AUGCGUGUCAACUCUUUGUCCGUUUUCGCCGCCUUGUCCCUCGGGGGCUUCCAGCUGGUGGCUGCGCAGCGAGCUAUCCAAGAUGACGAUGCGACGCACGUGGAACGACCGCGCUACUACUUCCCCCAGAAUAUCAAGCGUACUGUUCACAACAGCACCUACAAGAACAACGACCCACCGAACCCCCUCGGCACAUUAGUGGACGACAUCACCGGAGAGACCGCGACUACAUCCUCUGCGGCUGCUGCCACCACCGGAAAGGAGGUUGUUGUGGUGAUUUCCAUUGACGCCGAAGGACACCGCCACACUAUCACCACGGAGACUCGUUCAAACGCCGCCGCGACUACCAAGUCGACUGUGACCACCGCCGUGGACGACACAACCAAUUCUGACACCACUACCGCGAGCAGCACCGCAAGCAGUACCGCAAGCAGUGCCGCAAGCAGUGCCGCAAGCAGCACCGCGAGCAGCUCCACUGCCAGCUCCACUGACUCGGACAGCUCCGCCGCCUCUAGCAGCUCCACCGCCGCCAGUACCACAGCCACCCCGACAACUAGCGCCUCCUCAGGCAACCUGCUGAGCGAUGCUGCGGCUGCAGCGUCGGACCUCUUGAGCGGUGACUCCACUACUGCCGCAUCUAACGGAACUACUAGUGCUACCACCUCAGCCCAGGUCACGACUUCCGCCACCGCAUCGGUUACUGGAUCAGUUACUGGAUCAGUCACUGCCUCAGUUCCUGCAUCAAGCUCUGCAUCAAGCUCUGCAUCAGGCUCUGCCUCAAGCUCUGCUUCCUCGAGUGACGAUAUCCUGGCUUGGUUGUUGGGAAGCGACUCUGCUACUGCUACAGGAACCGCCACCACUAACAGCACCGGUCUGGCUACCAUCCCCGUCAGCGUUCCUGUGACCGCUAGCCCCACCGCAACCGGCGAUGCGCUCACCAGUCUCUUGGCCAGCGUCUCGGCCGCUCUCAAUGGCACCGAUUCCACCACUGGCAUCGGUGCCGUCCCUACCCCCUGGCCAGCGUGA